UUAAAGAUUUUGUGAAAAAUAAUGCUGUUAGUGUUUGUCCCUACAGCGCAUACUGUUCCAUAUGUGGUACAACAAAAUAAACAAGUUUCUUGAUUGUUUUGAGAUACAUAGCGACAUCUAUUGACCGAUGGAAUGUUCUUUAAGCCCUUGGCAACGGUUUACAAAUGACAAAUGUAUGUACUAGAUGGCGUAAUAUAUCGAUUGACAUUGAUUCGUACAGAAGUUGGACAAUCGGUUUGAAUUCAUUGUUUACGUAAAUUGAAAAAUCUGAAUAAAAUAGUUUGAACAAUAUUUCAAAGUGGAAAAAAAUAAGUUAACAUUAGAAAUAGUGUACACUAAAAGAAGAUAAUGGCGAAGAAGGUACUAUCUAAUAAGAUGAUUGAGCAGUAUUUAGAUAUACCCUCGGGAAGCGAAGACGGUCAAGACUUUUCGAGUGCGGAAAGUGAUGAUGACAUGGCGAAGAUCAGAGAAAACUUGGACCAAAUGACUGGAGAUAGUGACUCUGAAAAUGAAACUGAGCCUACUAGGUAUGCACCAUUAUCUUUCACUGACUAUAGCACGCCCUGCGCCGGAAACAACUCCUCCACCGAAACAAAUCCUCAAGCCAGCAUUUCCGACCCAAGUACGUCAUCACGCCAAAGUAGAAGUUCAUACACUUUGCCAGUUACCAGAAAUCGGAUUUCAAAUAAUAAUACCGCUGCUAAAAGAAAGAAAAGAAAUCUAAUUUGGAAAAAGAAGUCUUUACAGGCUAACUAUCCCCAAUUUUCUGGAAAUACAGUUUUAGAGCCGCCAAUCACAACUAUCGAUACUCCAUUGCAAUAUUUUUUAUAUUUUUUUGAUGAAGACCUACUAACCCACAUAGUUGAAGAAAUGCAUAAGUUCAGCAUCCAAAAAGACCCAUCUAAACCGUUCUGUAUCACCACAUACGAAUUAAAAAAGUUUUUAGGUAUAUGUUUGCUUAUGAGCGUUGCUCCAUUGCCUAAUAUACGGAUGUACUGGGAAUCUGAGUUAGGUAUACCUUUAGUAAGAGAGACUAUGACCGUGAAUCAUUUUGAGAAGAUAAGGCAGUUCCUGCACUUCAACGACAAUUCCUUACACGCACCAUCUUGUCAUCCAGGACAUGAUCGCCUCCAUAAAAUAAGGCCAAUACUAGAAAGUCUAAGAAAGAAAUGCCAGAGUAUACCUAAGAGGGAAUCUUUAUCAGUGGACGAACAGAUGUGCGCAACGAAAGCUGCAAAUUUCCUACGUCACUAUCUUCCGAACAAACCACACAAAUGGGGAUAUAAGCUUUUCGUGCUAUGUGACGAUAGAGGCAUGGCAUACGACUUCGAAAUAUGCUCUGGAAUGGAAAAUAAUUCUGACUUGAGAUAUGCUGAUGAGCCUGACUUGGGUGCAAGUGGUAAUGUAGUAGUCCGCCUAGCACGAACUAUUCCGAGAUACCAACAAUAUAAAUUAUUUUUCGACAAUUACUACACUUCAGCUGAACUUAUUUCUUUCCUUUCGAAACAAGGUAUCCAGUCACUGGGAACGGUCAACAAAGGUCGACUAGGCAAAGAUUUGAAAAUCCCAUCGCUGAAAGACUUGAAGAGUACUAAAACAGAACGAGGGCAUUCAGAAGAAUGGGUAGCUGAUGUAGAUGGCACGGAAGUUGGCACAGUGAUGUGGUAUGAUAAUAAGCCUGUUGUUUUGUCUUCAUCCUUUGUUGGUCAACAGCCCAUUGAAAAAGUUAACCGAUAUUGUAAAAAACAAAAGAAAUAUAUUGAAGUGGACUGUCCUAAAAUAGUCAAAAUCUAUAAUCAGCAUAUGGGGGGAGUGGAUUUAUUGGACUCUUUUCUUGGGAAGUACAAAAUAAAAAUGCGUACUAGGAAAUGGUAUCUCCGUUUAUUUUACCAUUUUCUAGACAUUGUCACCAUAAAUAGCUGGCUACUGCACAAGAGGGUGGGAGAGCAAAAGAAUGAACCAACACUGAUAAAAUUAAAAGAUUUUAAAAGGGAAAUCGCUAAAAGUCUUUGUAUGUGUGGUCCAUCAUUACAAAGAAAAAGGGGAAGACCGUCUUCUGCCAUAGAAGACGUGAUUGAGAAGAAGAGUAAAAGAAAUGCAGCAAUCCUUCCCCCUCGAGAUGUCAGAUUGGACAAAUUUGAUCAUCUUCCUAUAUGGGGCGAGAAGAGACAACGCUGUAAAUAUCCACAAUGCAAGGGAAAAACUUAUAUAUAUUGCGAAAAGUGUCGUGUUGAGUUGUGUUUGAACAAAGACAACAAUUGUUUUUAUAAAUUUCACCAAUAAGUAGAGCUAUCGUUAUUAUGAAACUGAAUAUAUGAUUAUUUUCAUUGUUCCUAAUUAAGAGGCAAAUAUUAAUGUUAAUGCAUACUGUACCACAUAUGGAACCGAAUUUAAAAAAUAAAUAUCUUCAAAAUUAAUAAAGUUUAAUUUUUAUUAU